AUGACGGCAGCCGCGGUGGUGAUAAUGGGGAGGAUAAUGAUAAGGAUGAGGAUGCUUGAUGUGAGGGUGACGGCAGUGACGGAGGAUGAUGAUAAUAAGUUGCUGCCAGAGUUGACGGGCGGUCUGUGCGGCAGCGGCCAGGACGGGGAGGGUGAUGCUCGGCCUCCUCCCACUCAACUCUACAGCUGCUACGACCUGGACGACCUGGAUGUCGCCUGGCUGCAGCUGGUCAACCAGGAGUUCAGACAAAUGGCCUUACCGGAGCUGGAUGAGCUGACGAUGGAGUGUGUUCUGGUCGAGCUGGAGAGUGUUUGCGAGGAGAAGAUGCAGCAGGCCAUUGAGACGGAGGAAGGCCUGGGCAUCGAGUACGACGAGGAUGUGGUGUGUGAUGUCUGCCGCUCACCGGAGGGAGAGGACGGCAACGAAAUGGUCUUCUGUGACAAGUGCAAUGUCUGCGUUCAUCAGGCGUGUUACGGCAUCCUGAAGGUACCGCAGGGGAACUGGCUGUGUCGGACCUGUGCUCUGGGGGUCCAGCCAAAGUGUCUGCUCUGCCCCAAGAGAGGGGGAGCCCUGAAGCCCACCCGCAGUGGAACCAAGUGGGUCCACGUCAGCUGUGCCUUAUGGAUCCCUGAGGUGAGUAUAGGCUGUCCAGAGAAGAUGGAGCCCAUUACCAAGGUGUCCCACAUCCCUGCCAGCCGCUGGGCUCUGUCCUGCAGCCUGUGUCGAGAACACACAGGAACCUGCAUUCAGUGCUCCAUGCCCUCCUGUAUUGUGGCCUUCCAUGUGACAUGCGCCUUCGACCACGGCCUAGAGAUGAAGACCAUCCUGGCCGAGAACGACGAGGUGCGCUUCAAGUCCUUCUGCCUGGAGCACAGCUGCGCCGCCGCUAACGGUUCUGCAGCCGCCUCCAGUUCGACCGGCGUGAGCAACGGCAACCACUCUGCCACCAACGGAGCUCAUAGCGCCGCCAGACCGGACUGGGCCGCCGGUGUGACUUCUGAGCUCCGGCAGGACCAGCAACACGAACCGAACGGCAGCGGCGACACAGAGCAGAGGUCGGUAUCGCACAUGGUUUCGGUGUCGGCGUCGGAGCGAGCUGAGCGGGACCAGCUGGAGAGAGAGAAGGUGAGCCAGAGGAAGCAGAAGCUGCAGGAGCUGGAGGACGAGUUUUACCGACUGGUUGAGCCGAGGGAGGUCGCUGAAAACCUGGGGUUGCCCGUCACCCAGGUGGACUUCUUGUAUCAGUUCUGGAAGCUGAAGAGGAAGGCCAACUUUAACCGACCUCUGGUGACCUUAAAGAGGGACGAGGUGGACAACCUGGCCCAGCAGGAGCAGGAUGUCCUCUACAGACGCCUCAAACUCUUCACACACCUCCGACAAGACCUGGAAAGGGUGCGUAACCUGUGCUACAUGGUGACACGGAGGGAGAAAAUGAAACACACCCUGUGCGACCUCCAGGAGAAGAUUUUCCACCUGCAGAUACAACUCUUGGAAGAAGACAUGGCUGGAGAGAAAACCCAGAAGGGAGAAAAGAGGAAGCAGAAUGGAGUGAAGGAUAAAGGGAAGGAGAGGAGGAAGAGUAGUCCUGAGAAGAAAAAGGAGAGAUGGAAGUCAGAGAACGACUCCCUGCUUAAAGAGCUAGGUUUGUCAAAGUCCUUCCCAUUGGACAACCCUUUGUUUGACAGCUGGCUCGCCCAGUCGGUUCAGAUCACCGCCGACGACAUGCUGAGCCAGUGGGCUCUGGGUGCUCAGCAUCGAGACAAGAGCGGCAGCCUGCUCUCUGACCAGCUCCUGCAAGGCGAGGAGAGCCUGCUUAACCUUAUGAUGGAGAACUCUAUGCAGUCCACCUGGAAAACACCCCAGCUGGGCCGCAAACCACGAGGGAGCAACAAGCCCCGCGCUCGUGGACAACCCACCGCUAACACCCAGGCUCACGCGCUGCUUUCUGCAGCGGCUGCGUCCGCCGCCAGCAGCCCUUCGACUGCAAAGAGCCUCUGGGCGAGUGUGGCAGAGGAAAAGUCCAGCCAUGUGGGCCGGAAAGGGGAGAGAUCCAGGAGCUCCUCCAAGACCGUGCACCACCACCACCUUCAUCACCACCAGACCAGGAGCUCUGACCUCCACAGGGACCCACCGCCCCAGCCACCCAUCUCCAAAAUGGAUUCCUGUCACAUCUCUGAGGACCGUGGCUCAUGGGACAGAAUCCACACGGGGAACGGUGUUGCAUCGGGGGCUUCAUCUGGUUUCACAGCAAGCUCGUCUCCACCUCCAGCCUCCAGCCCCGGGAUCACAGUGCCCGACACUGGGGCGAUCCUUCGCGGCGGGGCCCCACGGCUCCGUCUGUCCCGCCAGGGUAAAUCACGAGGAAGGGGCGUCGUUGGAGGCAUAACGGGGCUCGAGUCCAUGGACCUGCCACUUGCAGGAAAGGACACGUCCCUGUUGGACGCUGCUGAGACUGACGGGUACUUCUCUGACGGUGAGCAGAGUGAUUCAGACAUGCGCUCCAGCGGACGCAAACUCCGCCUGCCACAGUUGCAUUCUGGGAACGAGGACCUGCUGAGGAGGAGCGUGCUGGCAUCGUAAAGAACUGAGACUCAAAUGGACAAACAUACACACACACAGUUAUCCAAGCAGAGUCCUGCUGGCUAAUUGUUUUUCCAUCUGUGCCCAGUAGACAGUCUACAAAAACAUGGCUGGAUGGCUUUGUUCAACCAAAUCCCUGUCACAUCUAUCAGUGGGAAAUCUCUUCAGCUCUUAACCUGCUUUGUUUUGGGGGGGGAAUUUGAAUGUAGCUGUUGCCUAUCGUACAGUAAAGCUUCUCCACUGGACCGCAGUUUGUUGUUAGCUUACCAUAAGAUGCUAUACAUUCAACAAAUAGGAAACAAACAUUACCUUUAGUCUUUUUUUGUUUUGUUUUGUAUAUUUCAGAUUCAUUUUGUUUCUGGGCGUUGAAGUACCCAGUUCUGGCCUCAUGUCUGUGGUAUCUGCCAGGCUUGGGAACAAACACUUUGGGGCAUUAUUAUUAUUAUUAUUCAAGCUGGUUUCAGGGUAUGCUUCAUUCUUGGUCUACAUGGCCUGAGUUGCAUCCAAUGAGUCCUUGUUUUCUUGAAUAUGUUCAGUGGAAAGACAAUUUCACACCAGUUGGUCUGAAUAUGUAUAGAGGGUGACGUGGGACAACAUGUAUUCAGCCUUGAAAAGCACAACAAGCUAGUCAUAAGAGCUGUAAUGUAAGCACUCGUGUGUAUAAUAGAUGCUCAUGCAGGGUUGGGGUCAAUUUUCUUCCUGUUGACUCAGUUGCAAAAUGUACACUGAAGCCUUCAUUCUCAAAUUUAUUUUCACGUACUUAAAAACAAAACAAAUCUCCAGCUUUUCCAGUUUUUGAAUAGCGAACAGAUUGACCCCAACCCUGGUGCUCAUUCAGAUUGUCACACAGAGACACAAACACACAAACGCAGACAUACUGACACAUUAACUACUAUAAGCAAAUCCCUUUUGCUCACAUCACCGUCAUUGAAAUAUUUGAUCUGACUUUUGUCAGCCGUUUUCAAAUUCUUCCUAAUUCUGAGGUCUUUGGUUGUUUUGUUUUUUUUGCCCAAAUCUUUGGAGAAAAAUCAUUGUAGAAACUCUGUGCCUUCUGUCGCUUGCCCUGUGGCCCUGCCUCCCCCUUUACCCAUAACGACCUUCACAAUCAACCAAACAAUCAGUGAGUAGAUCAAUCAGUCGUUUCUCAAUCGGAUUUGUAACAAUCAGACCAAAAGGAAAUCCCGCUGUAUUGGUUAUUGAGCGUAGCCAGCAUUGGGCUCCUUGUCACCUUAACUAUUGUGUAGUGCCUGAAACAAGGAUGUACAUGCAGCAUUUUGCCAUUUAUCAACAAAGAAUCUGCAGCAGUUAGCAAAGCAGAGCCCCAACGUACUAUCAGUGCAAAGAGCUGCCUACUAUUCUGUGCCCCGUAACUACAUGGCUGCAGUCCAGAGUCAUCGAGGAACAGAGCUUGGCCAGGUCACACUGUGAGCGCCAUGUUGCUGCGUCUUUGAAAGAGUGGCCCGCAAAUAGAUUUAUCACUCAAGUUUUGCAUAUAAAAAAUACAUAAAUUUUGGACAGAGUCACAAAGGUUAGUGAAACAAACACUGAAGCCUCAUUUACAUGUUGUCACAUUGCUGCCUUAUUUGGAAUUUUGUGAACUGCUGAAACAAACAGUCUAAACUCAUAAGGCCCGCUGAGCUUUUUUGAUGUUUCAACCACAUCUCACUGGCUAGAUUUCAUCACCUCAGAGUAGAGAGACAUGAGCAUCAUAAAAAUUGCAUAGUUAGAAGAUUUCUCAGUGCCCUUUUCUCCCCCAGAAAUCUUUUAUGUCAUUUAUAUACAACACCAACUCACUGUGAUGUUGCCAUGAGCAUCCAGUGUGCAGUUUACACACAUGCCUCGAUGAGUUCUUCUUAAGUAUUCAGUUAUCUGUGGUUACUAUAUGAGGCAUUGGGUGCUCAGUGUAGCUUUCAGACAAGCGUCAAGAGGAAAUAGUCAUACUUCAGAUCAUCCAUGUGUAUCUAUGCAGUUUAUACAUUUGAUGGGGUAAGAUACAAGCACUGUUUGAUUCAGCUAAGCACUGAGCAGGUUUAUUGCACCAACAUGGCCACCGCGAAAGUCUGACCUGGCCACGGUCUCGUAACUGAUGGCUCUGCUGCACGUGUUCCUCCUGUUAGAUAAAUGUAGACAGUGUAAUAAUCAGCUUCAGAGGCCUGCGCUCUUAAGUUCUUGAAUUGAGUUGUAAAUUUGUUUUUGAAAAAGACUUUUUGUUGUUCUCUCAGAGAGUUGUAUUUUGUACUUAAAGCAGUCCAUGGUAAUCUCAGGGGUUAAAAAAAAAAACUUUUAAAAAAGAAGAAUAAAAGGUUAAAAAAUU